AUGGCUAAAACCAAGGUUACAGGAGCGACCAGCAGACUUAAACAAGAUUACCUGAGAUUAAAGAAUGAUCCGGUACCAUAUGUGACGGCUGAACCUGUACCGUCCAAUAUACUAGAAUGGCAUUACGUAGUAAAAGGUCCAGAAAAAAGUCCCUAUGAAGGGGGAUACUAUCACGGAAAAAUCAUAUUUCCAAGAGAAUUUCCCUUCAAGCCACCCUCUAUUUAUAUGAUAACCCCUAACGGUCGGUUUAAAACGAAUACUAAAUUGUGCCUUAGUAUCACUGAUUUCCAUCCUGACACUUGGAACCCAGCCUGGUCCAUUUCAACAAUACUAACUGGACUCCUUAGCUUUAUGUUAGAAAAAACACCAACUUUGGGCUCCAUAGAAACAUCGGAGUAUCAAAAACGUUGUCUAGCAGCGGAUUCUCUUGAAAUUAAUCUCAAAAAUAAAAUGUUUUGCGAGUUAUUUCCCGAAUAUGUGGAGGAGAUUGAAAAAUUACUUAAAGAGAGACAGGAAGCUCUUCUCCAAUCAGAGAACUCUAACAGUGGCAGUGAUGGUGAAGUAAUGUCCGAUCAGCAAUCCAACAUGUAUUACAUCAUGACAAAUCUGUUUGUGCUCGUCGGUUUCAUUUUUCUUGCUUACAUGGUCAAAUAUGUACUGGUAUCAAUAUCAAACGACUAG